UUGUUUAUUAAUGACGAAGAUUCAGAAAGACAUAAGGAGGACGACAAGGUUAAAGAUUGCGUGAAAUGGUAAGAGGCAAAAAGUGACACUGAUAAGUCACUGGCACUGAUAACAUGUCAUAUCUCUUGUUGCCAUAGACACCCUCUGUGCAACAUGCUAUUCCUACCUGUCAGCGCUGGCCACGAUGGAUAGUGAUAUUUUCAUACUAGGAAAGAAAAUCUCAAGACAAAAUUAAAUUACGAUAAAAACAAGUAACAAUAGCAAUAACUGAAUAACAAAAUCCCAAGUCAUGAGGAAGUGCAGAGAUGUUUCCGUAAGUUAAAUAAAUACCAAGAGACAGAUCUUGUACCAGGGCUGCUGACGGAAGCUGGACACUGGGAAACAGCUCUCACACCAGAAAGGUUGAUGAGUGUAUGUUACCAAGAGACAGAUCCCAUAGCAAAGAUUCUGACGUGACAGGGACGUAGAGAGCCAGCUCUAGCAACCAUGAGAAGUGUAGUGAUAUAGUUGGCUGGUUCCUACACCAACAUCCUGCUCGUGUUUACCAUCACACAGGAAGAGAUAGAGGAAGAGGGGGGAGGGGAGAGGAAGAGGAUUUCGGGAUCUGGCCUGUCUCCGCAGGUGCCUCCCACGUCACUCCUGCAGCGGCUCUGGCAGCAACCACACGACCCUCAAACCCAUCGCUACUGAGUUUGAUCACCGAAGGGCUCUUGAGAAUAACAGAGGCUACCACAUAUCAUUUUGUACCAGGCCAUAGAGACAGUUCUUUAGUACCAUCACUGAUCCACAGGCGUCAGCUAAGGUCACCAAUCGUGACAGAACUCACGAGAAAUUGGCACAAAUCUCAGAAGAUCGUCGUAGGUCCAUUGGGCUUCAAGAAUCACAAACAAGCAGCCCCGAGGCCAUCUACGGCUAGCAACGGUCAAGGAGGCGACGCCGCUCUAAAGCCAACAUGAGAUCGGAGAGAAGAACAGUGAUAUCACUGAUCCUAUUGGUCUUCCGGGUCUUCGCUUCCUCCAGUAGCAACGUCACAUCCACAGAAUGCUCAUGGAUUCUCCUGAAUGGCACAGACGUCGAGGAUUGGUCGCCCUCCUUCCCGUUGUCUGAAGUACAUAAGAUCGCUCUUAGACAUCCUGUCGCUGAUUGGCAAGAGUUCUCCUUUGGGUUCGAGCUCUCAGACACCACUCCUGUUGCAUUUCUAAAGUUUCAAAAAAGUGGAGAGUCCGCUGUACUGACUCUCAAGAGUAUUACCAACAGUGAAGGAGCUUCGGGUUUCCAGCGCGAGCAGCAGGUAAGGCUGCCCGAAGAGGAGUCCCGGCAGCUGUCUCUCAAAAACUGGACUUUCAUCUCCUUCGCGGUGAACGACGGACGACUCGAGGUUGAAAUUGAUGAUGCGGACGCCGUGAGGUUCGACCAGGUGGAUGCAACACACUUCUACCAAGUGUACGUUCAUGUGUCUCGCGGCCACCUGGUGGACGUCAGCUUCAACUGCUUCACCGCAGAGGGAGAAGUGACCUACCCAGCAGUGAGAGAGAUAAUUUACACUACAAACGGAAAGAUGACCGCAACGUCUGCCCCAAUAGGAGGGACAGACGACCCUCCACUUUCAGGAGACAUCUCCGUUGGCACCACCAUUACUGUCGUCAUCAUCCUCCUGGUGUUGUUCGCCGCAAAAGCUGGACUCUGGUACCGGAGGAGAAGGCUCAACAGGAGGAAAGACGAGGAAGUGCCCGGUGAUGUCAAUGUAGAGCGUCCGAAGCCAGCUGAGAUGAAACCGCUGAUGUCCACACAAGGUGCUGCAGAAGCACUGCAUGGCGGCCAGGUUGUCACACAAGGUGCUGCAGAAGCAUUGCAUGGCGGCCAGGUUGUCACACAAGGUGCUGCAGAAGCACUGCAUGGCGGCCAGGUUGUCACACAAGGUGCUGCAGAAGCACUGCAUGGCGGCCAGGUUGUCACACAAGGUGCUGCAGAAGCACUGCAUGGCGACCAGGUUGUCACACAAGGUGCUGCAGAAGCAUUGCAUGGCGGCCAGGUUGACACACAAGGUGCUGCAGAAGCAUUGCAUGGCGGCCAGGUUGACACACAAGGUGCUGCAGAAGCACUGCAUGGCGGCCAGGUUGUCACACAAGGUGCUGCAGAACCAGAGCAUGGCGGUCAGGAUGUCAAGCCGAGUACUGUGGCAGUUGCACAUGGUGAACAGGAGACAAUUCAUGACAUCAAAACUAUCUUGCAAGAUGGUGUUGUUAAAGACACCGAUGAACGACAGAGUAUAGUACCAGGCACUAUGACUGGCGAUAUGCAUGAAAACAGUAACACUGACGCAACUACGCAAUCUGCUGAAUCACCAACAAACAAUAAGAUAACAGACCAAAGACUGAUUCUUAGUAUGAUAGACAUUGCAACACCACAAACCCAAAAUAAUGGUAUUGAAGAGUGCAGAACUGACAGCCCAGUUGACACCAUAUUAAUGGGUGCAGAGAAUCGCGGUGUUGAGGAAAGUUGUCAGAAAGUGGAAGAUGUUGACAUCGUUAAUAAUACAUGUUAUUAUGAUGAAGUAGGAGUAGAGCCUACUGAGGAGAUCAUAAUGAAGAUAACAGGUCUGAUGCUGGAUGACAACACAGAAGAGAAUACGAUAUCUAGGCUAUGUAUGGUGACAUCAAGCAACCAGACCGACACCGAAAGUUUAACGUGUACACCAGGAGGGAGGCAGCAGUCUCAGGCUUUAGAAGUGAAAUACAAGGAUGCACAGGACCUAAUGCAAAGCAGCAGUACAGAAACAAAUAUUCUUAGGGUAAAUACCACAGCAAAGACAAACACUGCCGACAACGUAUCGAUAGAUCAGAACCUAAUGGCCACACUGCCCUCAACAGCGAAGUCCUCGGAUACAGAACACAGUCCCCAACCACCUGGUGUAGUUAGAGACGUGCCCCGCGAUGCUGCCAGCGACAAGGCGGAUGAGGAGAGGAGACGCGAAAACGCUGAGGAAGAACACAGUGCCCAGGAACUCAGGGCAUCCACAAAUGACUCGGGAGCAUGUGUUAGUACGGCUGGUGUUUCCCGAAGAAAUACCAGUACUCCAAGAAUGCCUCAAGAUGAGGAAUUGCACUCUGUCGAAUCCUGGUUAAGCAUACAGAAAUAUCAAGAAUCUGGUUUAGCAUCUGAAUACCCUCAAUCUGAUUCCCAAUUAAAAAUUAAAAAAGCUAAAACUAAUCGUAAUAAAAUCAUCGCAUACGAUGACUCUCGCGUGAGGAAAAACACCUCACAUCGUAGACCGCCACCUUACCUGUGACUAGUUAAGGACGAGAUUCACAGACACCAUGUGGAAGGAAACUUUCUUAUACCCAAUUACUAAGCAGCUUGUAUUUCCCAAACGGGACCCAAAAAAGGUGAAACGGGAAUUCCUCGUUCAAUGUUGAGUGAGAACAAAGAUAUUUAGUUAUUGCGUAUUGCGUCUUCUCAUGUAUAUAUUUCAUUCCAGUCACAAUUCUUAGUAUCGUCAUUUGUAUGGGAGAUUAGUGAUUGAUUUCUGAAGACCAGUCUUCAAGGUGAUUCCAUAUUUUCAACAAGACGUGGUGGGAAGAAAUCACAGUGUGGGAGGCGUAACGCACACAUUCCCUGGCACCACAUAAUGUGCUCCAGAGACUCUCUUGAAACUGAAGGCCCAGAAACUAUUUAUUUUUUGCUUGAGUGAAAAAACUAUGAACUUACAAAAAAUCUAGAUUUUUUACUUUCAUUAUUUAAUUCGCCUGUUCGGAAUAAAGAUUAUAGCCCUCA